ACUUUUUGUGGUGUCAGCCAUCAACAUUUCGAAGCAAUGAGUGAGGUGCAAAAAAAGCUCCAGGAGCUUUCCGAAAGCUACCAAAAACUUCAAGGCGAGCUUUCCUCUGCGGUCGAGGGUCGCCAGAAGCUGGAGUCACAGCAACAAGAGAAUGCAACGGUGAAGAAGGAAUUCGAUCUCCUCGACGACGAAGCGAACAUCUACAAACAAAUUGGACCAGUGCUCUUGAAGCAGGACAAAACUGAGGCCGUCAUGGCUGUGAACGGUCGACUGGAGUAUAUCGAGAAAGAAAUAAAACGGAUGGAAACACAAAUCAAUGGCAUCCAAGAAAAGAGUGAGAAGCUCAAGGUGGAGAUCAUCCAAACACAGUCAGCGGCACAGCAGCAGCAAGAAGUCGCUGCUGCCUAG